UGGGGCUACUGCGCCGUUCAGCUACUUGCCGACCAAUGUUGAAUAAAAAGAGGAGGAGGAAGAAGAAGAACAGAAGCAGACGGGGACAACAACUUUUGGAAAAGAUGGAAGACACUCAACCUCGACAACUUCAUGUAACCAUCCAGAGAGGUAUGACUUUCCCUAUUCUGGAGAAAUGCAUGACCUGCUGCUUCCCAGGCCUGUAUCAUUGUCCCUUCUGCACACCGGCCUUCUUCAAGCCUGCGAAGCGCUCCAAAGUCAUGCUCCAUUUAGAGUAUCACCUGAAAAGAGCCUGUCACGUUGGAGAGUACACAAUCCAUAAAUGUGGACUGGACUGCGCCAAACGACCACAUUACCAUUGUCUGUACUGCAUAGCCAUGCUGGGAAGCAAGCACGAUUUCAACAAACACAUCGAGUUCUGCCAAGAGAUGCAAAAGAACCAAGACGACCCACACGAGGGAGCUUCAUUAGUUAACAGAACCAAAAUACUGACCGAUGGAGAGAAAGCUGUUUCCUCAUUUUUCAUGGAGACCCAGGAUAGCGAGAGUGAAGACAUGGCUCUGGAUUCUCUGAGCAGAGCGGAGCAGGAAGGGCGCAGCAACUUGUUGGGCACGGUGAUCGGCGACGAUGCUGCGGAGAAAGAGGGAACAUUUGGUCAGCUGGCCGUGACCAAACGGGACAAAAUGUUGCAAGUGAACUUGGAGAAACCUCAGGACUGUGACGAGUUCUACUUCAUGAACCUGGUGAAAAUGUUCAAAAAGUUGAGUCCCGCAAAGAAGACCGAGGUCAGGAUGAAAAUCGAGAGGGUUCUGUUUGAAGCAGAGUUCGUGUAGAAGUUUGACAUUUCUUGUUGAUCUCGAGAAGAAGACAUGAGUUAGCUUCAUCACUGCACAUGAUUGGAGUCAUUGGAUCUGUUAUACUGGAUAUUUUGCUUCUAGCAGCUUUGUUUUAUUGGCCCAGGCUACUUCCUCCUAAACAUUUUGCUGUCAAAAAACCAGCUAAUCACUAGAGUACCUGCUGAGGCUCAUUUUGGUAGCAUAACCUGGAAAAUCUCAGCAGUCAAGGCGAAAAUCUUAACUAGUUCCAUAUGUAAACACUUUACGGCACUACAUAUGCUGCCUAAGCGUGAUUUGCAUUUCACAGCCUUUUCAAAUUUCGUUUCACUUUAGGCUUAUAAAAAUAUCAAGCUUGCAAUGCUUUGAAUGGGAAUAACUUCAAAAUACACAAGGGCUUCGAAACCUGGCAGCUUCAAGGGUGGAGGGAGAUUUUCUUACACUAUGCAUCUCUUUGCACUGCAAAAUGUCUUUUUUUAUUUUUCCAAACGUAAUAUGUCACACUUGUGAGAGGUGAAAGCUGUCAUAACAGGAGAUAUAAGACCUAUACUGUUCACUGCAGAGAAAUGGUCCUUAAUUGAAUAUUUGUGCACCAGAGACUGAAGAUUGACCCUCAGAUACUCAGUUGCAGGACAAAUCUAUUACUGCUGUUCCUUUAACGGCUGCACCAGUUAUUAUCAAGCAGCUGUUUGUCCAACCUGAAAGUUUUUCAUUCAAAGUGACUUCCUAUCAUGACUCAACUCAGACCAUGUUCAAUGUUUUUAUGCUGAACGGUAACCUUAGGUGUUUCUCUGGGUCACUGCUGCAUGUCAAAGGCUGUAUUGACUUAAAAAUGGUUAAACAAUAGAUUUAUUCAUGAUUCUAAAAAUCUUUUCAUACAAUAAAGAUCAAAGAUCAUACCAUAAA